UUGACAGAUAUGGCCACAAAAACUUGUUUAAGCCCUUAAUUUUUAAAAUAAUAAAGAGAUUAUAGCCACUUAUGAUAUCCUUUAAAUGUAUUAGAUUUUUUUAUUGAGCUCAACUAGCGUAGAUACACGCCAGAAAAAGAAGAAUAAAAAACAGCUUCACACAUUCCACAAUGAUAAUUUUUUUGAGUGAAUUACAAAAAGAACAUUUAAAUUUACUUCAUCAACAUUCUACUCAAGUUUUAGUUGAUUUUUGCAAACUCACUAUUGACUAUCUUAAUAAUGGCGUGAACGAAAAAAAAUGUACUGUUGCUGCAGAAAAACUGGAUGUUCCCGUGGUUGUUGUUAAAAAUCUUAUUUAUGCUUUGGCUUAUUUAAUAGUGGAAGGAUGUAAACAUAACCUGUCAGAACCAAACUUUAGGUCUUCUCUGGCUAUAGCAGGAUUUUCCCAAGAUCAACAGCAUAUUUUAGUUAAAUUAUAUAAUGCCAAGAGAAAGGAAUUAUCUGAAGCAUUAAACUUGCUUCAACAAAAAGAUGCAAGUUAUCAAGAUCUUACUUGGAGAUUUGAAGUGCAGGUGGCAUCAAAGAAUUCUUUAGAAGAAAUAAAGCCUAUGGUUGCCAUGGAUUUUGUGUUAUCAAGGCCUAAAAACUUUGGUCAAACUGAAGAGGAUUUCAGACAUACAACUUUAGGACAAAAAAAUUACUUAUCCCCAAUGAAAAUUAUAUCUUCAGUUCAAGACGCUAAAACAGCUAGUCAGUGUCAGCAUGUUAUAAAACAUGUUCUUCUUCAAUGUGAUUUACCAAACUUAGUUCACCUCACAAAUAGGUUAGAGGAGGCAGUAAAAGAAUCUAAAAGUCAACACAUUCGUAAAGUGCAAAGAGCUUUAUAAUUAAGUUAAAUUUAAAGGGCAAGAUCAUUUGAAAUAUUUUGCAUUGUUGCUUUAAGGUAAAGAAUCAGUGAGUCGGUAUCUAUAAGCAGUGUAAUCUAUAUAUUAAUUUGUAAUAUUACAAAAGAAUUGACUAAUGGUAGAGAUGAAGAAAAGAAAAAAUAUAAUUAUGACCUAAAAAAUAACUGAUUAUAUAGUAAA